AGCGAGUGACAGAGAGAGGGACAGAGAGACACUCUCACAAAAUACAAAAUGGCUGCCGUGCGGGGUCAUCAAUACUUUAGCCUGCGCUGGAAUAACUAUCAGAACACGAUGACGUCAGUGUUUCAGCAGCUGCGCGAGGAUCUCUCCUUUGUCGAUGUAACCUUGUCCUGUGAGCAUGGCUCGCUCAAGGCGCACAAGGUUGUUUUAUCCGCCUGCUCAACGUAUUUCCAAAAGCUGCUGCUCGAGAAUCCAUGCAAGCAUCCAACGAUCAUCCUACCCGCCGACAUCAUAUUCACAGACCUUAAAACAAUUAUCGAUUUUGUGUAUCGCGGCGAAAUCGAUGUGACCGAAUCAGACUUACAGGGUCUGCUGCGCACCGCGGAACAAUUGAAAAUCAAGGGUCUCUGUGAGCCGGCUGAGAAUGCGGAUGAUUUAAAUGACGCGGCUUUGGCGACAAUAACCGUAUCGGAGAACAUACAGCAGGCGGUUGUUGGCAACAUUGUGAAUGCGAGCAUAGUGCCCGGUGCGCCCUCGCCCACGAUCGAGCAGCAGCAGCAGCAUCAUCAACAGCAGCAGCAGCAACAGCAACAACAGCAGCAACAUCAGCAGGAACAUCAGCAGCAGGUGCAACAGCAGCAGCAGCUGAUCAACAGUGCAUUGCUGACACAGCAUACGCUUGCAACAAACAGUGGUGGCAUACAGUUGGCCAACGCGGCUGGGCAACAGCUGCUGAGCAAUACAAGCGGCAGCAGUAGCAGUCUGCAACAGUUGCAGCAGCAACAGCAGCAGCAACAACAGUUGCAGCCAACGACACGUAAAUCGAGAAUGCGAAAACGCUCGAAAACGCCUGAUUUGCAACUGGGUGGCAACGCCGUCGUUCAACAACCACAGCCGGCUCACCAUCAUCAUCCGCAAACGAUACUCAUCCAGGGACAGAAUCAAACAUCGAUCGUGAGUCUACAGCAGACGGCAGACGGCAAUUAUAUACCCGUUGGGUCAGCUGGCGACGAUUCCGAUAGCGAUAAUAAGCCGCAAAAGAUUUGCAAGACAGAGCAAUCGGUGGCCUCGCCGGCAUCCAACUCGUCCACAUCGAAUAAUGCAGCGGGCGUGAGCGGCCAGGCGAUUGUGACACAAAUUGUAGUAGCGCGCGACGGAAAAGAUAAAAAUAUGACUAGUUUAGGCAUGGGCAUGAACGGCGGUCUGUUGGGCGUGCCCAUGGGCUUUCUGGACUUUACACCGGAACCACCAGCACCAUCAGCCACACCAGUCACCGUUACGGAACACGUCGAUCUAUCGUGCAACCCCAGCACCGAUACACGCGAUCUAUCAAAUCCCACCGAACCGCUCGACAUUGACAAUCAUUUGGCUCAGCAAAUCCAUCGGCUCGAUCAAUCUCCCAUGCACUCAAUAGCGCAUCAUCAUGCAACCGGCGACGAGAGCAAUUCGAAUCUGGUGCAGCAUAUCAAAAGCGAGGUGAUUGAGGCCAAGCACUUGGCCCAUGUACAAGCGCAACAGCAGCAACAGCAGCAGCAGCAACAACAGCAGCAGCAACAACAACAACAGCAGCAGCAGCAACAGCAACAACAACAGCAGCAGCAGCAACAACAGCAGCAGCAGCAGCAGCAACAUGCACAUCAUCAUCAUCAGUUGCACGCUCAGCAACUGUUGGCCCAGAGUCAGCAGCAGCAGCAGCAGCAACAACAACAGCAGCAGCAACACCAACAACAGCAGCAGCAGCAGGCGGCGGUGCAUGCCGCACAGCAUGCAGCGCAUGCCACGCAUGCGGAAAUCAGCGGCGCCACUGUCAUGGAGAUUGAUCCGAGCCAGAUUAAGAAUGAGCCGGGCAUGAUUAUAACGCCAGAGAUUGUCAAUAUGAUGUCCACCGGGCAUAUGGACAUGUACAACUCGGAUACGAGCGAGGACUCAAUGAUGAUCGCGAACGGUUCGCCGCACGAUCAGAAUGAGCCGCAUUAUACGAAUUUGGAUCAGCAGCACGGCGGACUGGGUGGCAGCGUUUGCGGCCCCAGCGUCGGUGGUGUUGGUGGUGGUGGUGGCGGCAUUGGUGGUGGUGGUAGUGCUGGCGAGAAAGGUCAGUUUAAUGGUCCCAAAGCUUGGACACAAGAUGAUAUGAAUUCAGCUUUAGAUGCAUUAAAGAAUCAAAACAUGAGCCUGACGAAAGCAUCUGCCAUUUAUGGCAUACCAUCAACGACCUUAUGGCAGCGAGCACACCGUUUGGGCAUCGAAACGCCUAAGAAGGAGGGCGGCACCAAAUCGUGGAACGAGGACGCCCUGCAAAAUGCCUUGGAGGCGUUGCGUUCGGGUCAAAUAUCGGCGAAUAAAGCAUCGAAAGCGUUUGGUAUUCCCUCAUCGACGCUAUACAAGAUUGCGCGUCGCGAGGGCAUACGGCUGGCGGCGCCAUUCAAUGCCGCACCAACCACGUGGACACCCGAGGAUCUGGAGCGUGCAUUGGAGGCGAUACGCGCCGGCAACACCUCUGUACAAAAAGCAAGUGCCGAAUUCGGCAUACCGACAGGAACACUUUAUGGACGCUGCAAACGGGAGGGCAUCGAACUGUCGCGUUCGAAUCCAACGCCCUGGUCUGAGGAUGCUAUGAACGAGGCAUUGAACUCGGUGCGCGUUGGUCAAAUGUCCAUCAACCAGGCGGCCAUACACUACAACCUGCCCUACAGUUCGCUCUACGGACGAUUCAAGCGUGGCAAGUACGAUGUGGUUGCCAAUACCAGUGGCGUCUCGCUGAACAACACCUCGGGUAAUACGACCGGCAGCAUUGAGAUUAUCGAGCAUAGUCAGGAGAAUUCGUUGCAUAUGUUGCAGCAACAGUUCCCGUACAGUCCGUCGCCACAUCCGCCGACGCCACAGCAUCAUAGUACGCCGCAGCAUCACAGUUCGCAGCAGGGGCCGCCGACGCCGCAGCAUAUGCAACAGCAUGUGGUGCACAUGCAACAGCAGUCGCCACACCAGGCGCACCAUCAACAGCAACAGCAGCAACAGCAGCAGCAACAGCAGCAGCACAUGCAACAGCAACAGGAUGUGGUCACGUCAAGCAGCCAAGUGGUGCAUAGCCAGCAACAGCAGCAGCAGCUUCAGCAGAUCUAUCAGCAUCACGGCACGCCCGAGCGCAGUUGAGAAUCACUGCAUGCUGCGGCAAUGUUAGGCGGCGGCGGCGGCGGCGGCAGCAAUAGCAGCGGCAACAACAAUAACAACACAGCAGCGACAACAACAAUAGUAACAGCAACACCCUUUGCCAGCAUCUCGGGACUGGCCAGCGGAGCAGCAGCAGCAGCAGCAGCAGCAGGAGUAGCAGCAGCAAUGCCACCGUCCACAGCUGGCACCAGCAAACGCAAGAAAGCAUCCAAACAGAAGCGUUGAGAAAGCGCCGACGGAGCUCGCUCUGACGGAGCCGAAGACGCCAUCGAUUGCAGCACCACCAACACCUCCACUGAAGCCGCCACCGCCGCCGACGCCGCCGCCGUUGUCAAAUUUCGCUUCAACUCGAAGCAUUGGAAGCGCAAGCUGAGGCAAUUUCAUUUGUUAAUGUCAAAGUCAACUUGAGAAAGCUCACAAAAACUGCUGAGGGCAAAAAUCAACAAACACAACAACAACAAAACAAAAAACAAAAAACAAG